AUGACACUUGAAGCCCCAAACACUGCGGUAGAGACUGGUGCAUCCAAACACAUUACAGCGAUGCGGAAAACCGUCACAGCUUCCAACGACACUGAUAAUGACGACACCGCCACUACACCAGCACACACAAAGCUCCACGCAGAGGCCGCCACAACCCGUGCCAGAGGGAGAGGCGCUGUCGUAACGCCUGAUCUUAUUUCAGAUAGGCCUCAGAACAGCUCUCCCCGCGUAGAUGAUCUAACUAUGAAAGAUGUCAACAUCUCGGCCAUCCUCGACUCCCUUCAGACAGGGUAUGACAAGAGAAUAAGACCCAAUUAUGGAGGUACUCCAGUGAUUGUCGGGGUUACGAUGCACAUUCUGAGUAUCAGCUCAGUGUCUGAAGUGCUCAUGGAUUUCACAAUGGAUUUCUAUUUUCGGCAAUUGUGGACAGAUCCACGAUUAGAUUUCAGUGCACAUAAAGGUUUGGAAGAAAUCCAAGUCAGCACAGACUACACCAAAAAAAUUUGGGUGCCCGAUACGUUCUUUCCAAACGAAAAGCGGGCAUACUACCACACAGUGACCACGCCCAAUGAACUCUUGCGGAUCUCAUCUAACGGCACAGUGUUGAGGAGUAUAAGACUGACCAUCACUGCCUCCUGCCCCAUGAACCUGCAGUAUUUCCCGAUGGACCGACAACUCUGCAUCAUCGAAAUUGAAAGCUUCGGCUACAGCAUGGACCACAUCCGACUGUCAUGGCAUGCUGGAGACCGGUCGGUUGUCAUUGAAAGCGAUGUGUCCCUGCCUCAGUUCCGUGUGCUUGGUUACAACAGGAAGACUAUUAUUUCUUCGACAUCUACGGGAAACUACUCUCGGCUGUUGUGUGAGAUCAUGUUCGUUCGUUCCAUGGGUUACUACUUGAUUCAGAUCUACAUUCCUUCAUCGCUCAUCGUCGUCAUCUCCUGGGUUUCCUUCUGGCUCAACCGAUCCGCUACCCCCGCCCGCGUUUCCCUGGGUGUGACCACUGUGCUGACUAUGACCACGCUUAUGUCUUCGACCAACGCCGCUUUGCCCAAGAUUUCCUACGUCAAGUCCAUCGACGUUUACCUCGGCACCUGCUUCGUGAUGGUGUUCGCCUCGCUCCUUGAGUAUGCCGCAGGCUACAUGGGGAAGAGGAUUCAGAUGCGCAAAAACCGAAUCCUAGCCAUCCAAAAGCUGGCAGAGCAACGCAAAACCGCUGCCCACGAUCACUCACACACGUCGCAGGACCACACUGAACAUCCCCCGAAGCAGACAGUGAGUACAACGACCAGAACCCCCACCCGACACACCAUGGGGGG